AUGGGUCCUACAUCACGUGAACGCUUCGAAUCGGUGAGCCCAUCUCAGCGCUCAAUUGUACUUUCUGAAGCGACAGCUCCGUACUUUCCUUCACAGUCACAGCAGUUCCAUGGCUUUCAAGUGCCAGAGCAGGUUUGUGAUUCUCAAAAGUUUUACAGUCGAAAAGACAGUGAAUCAGAUGGGACUUCUGUGAUGUUUGAUAAUCUUUGCACCGUUAUACAGUCGUCCCUAAAAGUGCAGCCUGCUAAAUAUUAUUUUUCACAACCGCAGCAACCCAAUGAACCUGUGAUACCGCAGCAGCUCAGUGAAUCUGUAGUGCCGCAGCAGGCCCGUGAACUUCAACAGUUUUACAGUGUAGAAAACGGUAAAGUAGAACAAGUAGCAUUUAAGAAGCACGGUGAACUUAGUACCGCUGCACAGUUGUCACAAGAACAGCUUACUAGAUAUCGUACUUCAGAACUGCCGCGGCUCCAUGAUCCUUUAGUGCCGCAGCAGCUCUAUGAUACUCAACAGUUUUAUAAUCCAAAAAGUAGCGAGAUAGGACAAGCAACAUUCUUGAUGGGCAAAGAACCUGGCACCAUUGCACAGUUGUCGCCACAAAAACAGCUUGCUAGAUAUCAUCCUUCAGAACAAUUACAGCUUCAUGAUCCUCAACAGGCUUCCAAUCCAGAAGGCGGCGAAGCAGGACAAGAAGCAUUCAUGAUGGACGAAGGACUGAGCAUCGUUGCAGAGUUGUCACCACAAGAACAGCUUGCUAGAUACCAUCCUCCAGAACAGCCGCAACUUCAUGAUCUUCAACAGUAUUACAAUCCAGAAAGCGGUGAAGCAGAGCAAGAAGCAUUCACAAGGCACAAUGACCCUAGCAUAGUUGGACAAUUGUCGUGA